AUGCCCAACGAACACACGCCUCUUCUCUGGUCCUCGUACCACCACCUCGAUGCCGACAACAGCAACUUUUCCACCGAUCCUCAUGCCCAAUUCUGCAUGAUGGUCGGGGUUCCGUCUUCCGCCCCAUCCCCAGACGGUAAAUCGCGUGCUUCAGCAGUGCCGUCCAAGUCCUUGUACGGCAGGGCUACUCAUCAACUCGCGAACCAGCGCUUUACCUACUACAUGACCGCUUCGUUAUCCAACACGAUGCUACUCUCCCAGGUCGUCCUAGGCGCCGCAUUGACGGCCUUGGGGGCCUCCGAGUCGAGUCACAUCCUGAUCACCAUUUUCGGGGCCAUGAACACCAUCAUUGCCGGUCUUGUCGCAUAUUUGAAGUCGAGGGGCCAGCCGAUGAGAGCGAGGAUGUAUAGAGAUGAUCUGGAGAGGGUGGUUGACGAAAUCGAGAAUUCCGAAGUCAUGUGGCUGGGGAUAAGUACCGGGGUGAAUGGGUACGAUGAUAUUGACACGGGCGAUGGGAAGGGUGGAGAAAGGGGGGCAGCCGCAGUGACCGUCAGGAGUGAGGUUGCAAGAUUGACCAGGUUGUAUGAUCGGGCAGUGAGGAACAAUACCGUGAACAAUCCGGACAUGUAUAUGACAGGGACGGUGGAUGGAAACCACGCUGGGGUAACUCUGAGAAGUCGAGGUGCUGGUGCGGGAGGACAGGCUACUUCAUUGCCAGUGACAGUACCAACACCCAUCACGGCGCCUGCGGUCAGCCUCAAUCCAGGUCCGCCCGCCCCAACAGCGGCACCAGUUCAACAGCAGGCGCCGGAUCCAGACGAGAGUCCAGCGACCGCACCACCAAAGCCGAAGGAGGACAAGACCACAGAUGAAAAGAAAGAGGAAGAAACCAAGGGCAAAGAGAAAGAAGCCAAAGAAGUAAAGAGUGACGGAGAAUCAUCCAACUCAUCGGAUUCGAAAGUUGAGGGGAAGAAGGGAAAAGCCGCCGACGGGCCAGCACAGAAGGACCAGGAACAAGACCGUGAUCCCGACGCAGAGCCUGCCAGCGACCCGAAUGUUCCCUUGAAGAAAGUCGCCGGUGAUGCGGCGGAUACGGAGAGUUAG